CGACGUGGCCAAGUUGGCAAUUUGUGCAUACAAAAGCUACCAUACUGCAUACAUAUUUCUUUUAACAAGUAACGAACAAUUGUUAUAAAAUAAUAUGUAGACGACAUACUUACCAAUAAACUGCUUUAUAUCACCCCUAUUAUAAUUUAUCGGAAAUACAUAGAUUCUCAAGUCUAGGGUGAACUUGACAUGAUGGCGAUAUCACCGUGGCGUGAAAGAUCGGAUUUUAUUGCAAUUGAACAACUUGGUACAGGGUCAUUCGGCUCCGUUUGGAAAGCUAGGCACCUACCUGCCGCUCAAAAUUAUGCAAUCAAGCAAGUCUUCAUCAACAAAACCUUACAAUAUUUUGGCGGUGACGUAAACAAAUUGUAUAGAGAAGUACAAAAUAUGGAACACCUACAAAACAAGUUAUUCCACCCGAAUGUCGUACAAUAUCGUCAUUGUUGGUUGGAGGGAGAAAAUGUUAGAGAUAAUGUUCUCCAAGCUAAAGAAAUUAAUUGGGAUAGGGGCUCUUCCCAGCCCGAAUUGCCCGAGACCAAUUUUCUCUUCAUUCAAAUGGAACUUUGCGAAACAAAUUUAAAAGAUUGGAUGAUAAGAAAUAAAAAAAUGGGGAAGGAAAAUAAAAUUGUGGAUCAAGUUAAGCCUCUUAUCCUUCAACUUUCCGAUGCACUUGCGUACAUUCACCGACAAGGAGUAGUUCAUAGGGAUUUAAAACCAGCCAACAUAUUUGGGAAGGGCCAGAGCGAUUCAGAUUUGCAAUGGAAAUUGGGAGAUUUCGGUUUGUCGUCGAGGUCUAUAUGUGAUCCUUCGCUGGUCGGCACUCCACAGUAUCGAAGCCCGGAUGAGGAAAACACUGAAAAAUCAGAUGUUGUAUAGUAUGGGACUUGUUUUCUUGGAACUUUCUUGCUCCCGAGCCAAUCCUCCCUUUUCGAACCACACUGAUUUAAUAGAGUUAUGUAAUCAAAUUUCAUUAGAGAUAAACAAUAUUGUUGCCACUUUACAAAGUAUGUUGAAUCCAAAUCAUGACGAGAGGCCUGAUUCUGGAGAAGUUUUUAAUCAAUUUCAAAAAGAACUUUCAAACUCAAAACCUCAAUCGGCCGUAAAGCAAAUUUUAUCCACUGAAGAUACACCAAAAGCCAAACCAAUCUGGUUUCAGAUGCAGAAACCCGUACAAAACUUUGUUGGAAGAGCUAAUUUUCUUGAAAUUCUUGAAGACGCGUUUCAACUGAAAGCGAAUAUUACAUCCAUACUUGGUCUGGGAGGAGUUGGGAAAUCGGAAAUUGUGAAAAAAUUUGCAACCGAUAAGUACAACGCUGGCCAGGCAAACUGUAUUUGGUUCGAUAGUUCUAAUUCACAAAGUUUUGCCAUGGCUGUAAAAAAUCUUGCUCGUGAGCUCAAAGUAAUGGACGCUGCCGUCGACGACUCGUAUUUGUUUCAGCAGUGUUACACUCAGCUCACUACCAAUGGCUGCGAAACCAUUCUAAUAAUUAAUAACGCCGAUUCAAUCUAUACCGAGCUGGAGAUCUUCCUUAGGAGUUUUAGAGCGUAUCCGCCCAGCACUUCACUACCAAUCGUUCUAAUUACGACGAGAGUUCGCUCAGUUGCCACUCUUAGCGGGGGCGAAAUCAUAGAAAUUUCCGUUCUUCGGGAUAGCGAGGUCCUUGAAUUAAUCCGAACGACCAUCCUAGCUUGCGAUGUUGAAGAUGCCGCAAGGUUGGGUAGCUUACUGCAAAACUUUCCGCUCGCUCUUCAGCAGGCCAUAGCAUAUAUUCGGGAACGCUGUAAAAUUAAUGCAACUACGCGUCCAUUCACAGUUCAAAAGUAUAUUGAAAUUUUCGAGGCACAAAAGAAAAAGCUGCUAGGGCACAAACUCAGUUUGCAAGAGCAUGACUACUCAUUAACAACACUGACCACUUGGAACUUAAAUUUCCAUAGUAUCAUAAGCCAUCCGGAGUCGGGUCAGCUUGCAAAGGAAAUUUUGAAUAUGUGGGGCUAUAGCUUUUCCCCCGAUGGAGAAGAGUUAGGCUUCAUUUUAGAAUAUGUGGAAAUUUUAAAUGGCUUAAAUGAUUUAAAUCUAGAGAAAGAUAUUUUGGUAGAAAAAGAUUUGACAUGUUCAAUUCAAGAGAAACUAGCAUUGUUAUCAAUGUUAUGCUUGCUCCCGGGUGGACUAAUCGAAAAAAUUAUUUGAGUUUGCAUAGCACUUACGACGAUUAUUCAGAGUUGGACGAGUUAGAGGAUGAUGUUCGUCCAUCUGCUGAAGCCAUCCAGUUGAUACGGUCAUAUUCACUUUGCGGUUUGGAAAUGAGGUUCAACUACUUUAAGAAGGACACUCAAUUUGUUACAAUGCAUCGGUUAGUUCAAGAAAUAAUUAGGAUGAAUUUGUCUUCCAAAUCUGAGUUAGAUUGGGUUAAAAAAUAUUUAAGCAUGUGGCAUUCAGAUAGCUAUCGUGAAUGGAGUACGGGCGGAUCAGCAAAAAGGUUUCAGAAUAGGGAACGUUUUAUUGGAACGUUGUGGACAUAUUGUGCAGGUUGCAAAGAACUUUCAUUUCUAUUUGUGAGGUCGAUUAAUCAAAUUUGGAAGGAUGCUUGCCCAGGAUAUCUUCCCGCCUUGGAGAACACUGUUUUGAAAAAUAUUUUGGGUAAUGUGACCUCCGAUGGGAUAGUACAUAGUUAUUCCGAGACUUUCAUUCUGCAGAAGUACAUUUUACAAAAUGAACUGAAUCAUCGGUUGGGAUUCAAUAGAAACGAUCCAUUUCCCCAAAUCCGACGCACCCCUGAAUACAAAUUCUUGGGAAAUGGAUUUAUAAGUGAUGAUCUUUUCACAUUGUAUUGCAAAGUUCCUCCCGAAAAUCCCGUAUCAUACGAUGUUCUCUCCCUAGUUCUUAUGCAGGUUUCCAAUAAGGAAUAUUCAAAUCUUGGUCACAGCUUGCAGAAUUGUAUCGAAAAUAUGCAGCACAUUUUAUUCAGAUUAAUGAACUUAAUGGCGGGAUGGCCGGUCAUAGAGGAACCGAUUGACAGUGAAAUUUCAAUCAGGUGCGUUCUAAUACUAGCAGGAAGAAUAUUAGAGCUUAUGGAAAAUUUUGAAAAUCAACAGUUUCUAGAAAAUCUAUCCAGAUUCUGUUGUCUUGUUGCAGAAAAACUAAACACGCUUUGCAUCCCAGGCUUGAAACAUUUGUUUAGAAUGAUUCAAUUUUCACUCUUGGGUUCUAGCAAUGUGGAUUCAUCUCUCAAUAAGCUUCAACAAGAAUUCGAUGACAAGGUCGAAAAUCCGGAAUUAAAAUCUAUCACAAGCUCGGAUGCAUACACAAUUAGCCUAUUGAUAAGAGUACGUUUAACAUCAUGUCCUGCUCCAUUAGCAGCAAGCUUGUUUCACGAUAUCAUACUAGAGCCCGAAUUUGUUACCAUCACGCCUUUCGAUAAUCUCGUGGCAUCAUUGAAAAAGAUCAAAAACUUCAAAGUGGUAGAAAAAAUAUUGAUAGAAGCAUUACUAAAAGCGUAUGACCUUUGUACAGAUGAAAGGUACUCAUCAGCUCAAAUGCUUAUUACUGCGGCAAAUUUAGCUGAGUUGGACAUACUUUGGAAAAAUGAAAUGUACAAUUCUUCAGCCGCAGUUUGUAAACUGCUGCCCCCACUCUGCAAGUUUAAUGCCCAUUUUGAUUAUCCAAAUAUGGUUCCGGAUUGGAUGGAUGACUUCAUUUUAAGAGCUAGUUUAGUGGGGUUUGAACUUGAAGGGCCAUUACUAGCACUAGAAGAUGUUGAAUCAAUUUGUCCUAGUGAUAAUAACCCAGUCUCUCUGAGAACAGUAGUGCUAAAACUUCCAUCCAACGCCAUAACGGUUGUAAGUCCGGGUAACAUGAUCCUUCACUCACAUCAGAAAUUGUGGGACACAAAAGAUUAUACAGGAUGGCUACAAAAUGUACAGCAGGAGGUAAGCUCCUUGGAAGAUACUCACAUGCAGGGGUACACAGAAGCAAAAAUUGCGGAAGAACUGUGUUACAUGUUAGUUAAUUGUAAAUCUUUUGAGGAGAUCCCUACUACCGUGGUAACAUGGGCAACCUUAUAUUUGUUAGAACAUCACUCCAACAUUAAGCAAACCGGUCUGCAGUUAGUCUCAACUAUUCGAGAUAUUAUAAAAACGGCUAAUAGUCCGGCUGAGUUGACCAACUUUACGCAUGGAUUAAUUACAUUGGGUAAAAUUAUUUUAGAAAAUCAAAAAAACAAGGAACGCGUACAAUUGAAUUCGUUUCAUUUAGUACAGUUGAAUAAUUUGUGGUAUAUUUUAAACGCACUCGCAAUCAUAACUGAAGAGAAUUGCUAUACAGAAACAAGUAUAACUUGGUUUGAGGCCUUGUUUGACGUAGACGGAAAAGUUUCAAAGAGCCUCCAAUUCUACCAAGUUGUUAACAAAUUGAAACAUUUCGGGGAACAUGCAGACACGGACACAUUCCCAAUUAUAUGUACAUUAAUUUUAAGUUUAGUGAAGCAGUACGAUAAAUUUGAGGGCGCUGAAAGCCUAUUAGGACUGCAUCGUCUAAUCGACAGUUUUGUAGCGGAAUGCUUCAGAUUCAGUACAUUCAAGGAAAUUGUCCAGCUGUGCCAAGGGUUAGAAAAAGCAGGGGAAGUCAAAGCAACAACACUAAUCGCCGAGUUAGCCCAAUAUUAUACAAUUAGAAACGUGGGAAAACGCUACAAGUAUAAUGGGAAAAAUUGGAUGUUUGUCGACUGCUUGAGACUUUACAGAACGGCGCUGAAAAUCAUAGACUGUCCGAAUUUUAAGCAAGGCUUAUUAGAAGAGCUGCGUUUGUUUUUAAAUGAAAUUAAUAAGUUCUAUGAAAAUGAUGAAGAUAUUUCAGACAGUGGAGAUUUUGGUUAUAAUAAUAUGGAAAAAUUAUACGUUUUCUUACUGAAAUAUGGGGAUGAGUCUUUUAGUUUGAAGCAACUUUUGUUUAAUAUCCUGAAUAUUCACUUUAAUGAUGGAGAUUUCAUGUCAAUAUACGAUUUUGGUCUUACGAUAUCACGAAUUCGAAUGAGCAGUAUUGUUCUUCAAACAGAAUUAGACGAUGGAUUAGAAGAGAUAGUAUACUGUUUAAGAUGUGCUUGUGAACAAAAUUCUGAUCGAGUUAAAGGAUGGUUUGAACAUAAGUUGAGAAGCCCUUGGUUAGUAGAGGACAAUAGGAAAUUGUUCAUUGAUAAGGUUGAUGAGGUGCUUAAGGAAUUUGGAGUAGAAAUGGAUCCUGAAGUUGAUGAAGAUCCAGAAGACUCGGACGAUUUUGAAGAGUCGUUGGAAGAAAUUGGUGAUUUUGUAUCUCCAAUGGAAGGCGGAACAGUGUCAGAACUAGGUUUGGAUUAAAGUAUAACUAGACUAGCUUAUAAUCCCGUCUCCUAAAGGGCGAGUUUUGGUACGAUUUCCAAAAUUCGCCUUUGUAAUUUGUAAGAACUACCAAACUUUUACAACCAUGUAAUAAAGGUAGACGUAAACUUGUUAGAAUAUAUUUCCCACCAGGAAGUAUCUGACAAUGGAUAUGGUUACAUAUUUGUGGAAAGGCCGGUCAAAAAGUGGCGUGGAUUAAGAAAUUAUAUACUGUUGGUGCUGGGAAAUUAAAAUCGGAUUUAAAAAAUGCAGGAAAAAAUUUCGCAACAUUGCCUGAAUUUUAAAAGAUUAAAACAAAACAAUUUGCUUCAGUGAAGGUUUUCAUUAGUUCUAAAAGUGUGAUACGUAGACAGCAUAAUUUAUAAUACUGUGAAAUUGAGGGGGCUGUGGUAAUUUUAGAGUUGUGAAUAUUAGUAAUCCAGAUUUAUGCAAGAGCUGUUUUGCAAGAUGAAACAGUCAAGAUUUAAGAACAAGGGGCUGGCUUCUGUAUAUAUGUAUGUAUGUACAUACCUGUCGCUGAUCACUUGUUUCCAAUUAAUCACGUGUUUCCCAAUUUAUGUAGAAUCGCCUAUAUUUAUAUUUUUUAAUAUAUUAAAACAUAUACGUUAGAACGUACAUCUAUAUUCUGAAUAAAUUAUCGGUGAAAAAUUGAGCUAUUAUGAUUUUGUAGUCAUACUUUCGAAAAGGGUAACCUUAUUUUUAAGAGUGCAUGUAUUUUUUCGCUGUCUUAUAAAUACGUAAUAAUUAUAAUAAUUGAUUUCUUGCAUCAAAGCCAAAAGCCUUUGUACAUCAGUCUUAUAAAUACAUGCAUAUGUACAAGUACGAUGCAAUGCUGUAAAAUAAAAUUCAAACUG